AUUGCCAAGAACCUCCAGUCCUCUAGGUCCAUCAAAGAGUCGAUCCAGGCCGUAACCAAGGAGCCCCGAGUCACCAAGCUGACCAAGGGCCGCAAGGGUGGAGCAAAUGUUCCUGGUCUCGUCAACUUGGGAAACACAUGCUUCUUCAACUCGGCGAUGCAGACACCGAGCGAACGGUGGACGGUGUCCAAGUCGUGCGCGGAAACCUCUCGCUGGGGCUCCUGUCGUUCCUUCGGGUCAUGGGCACGCAGAUCCAGAAGCAGGCCGGCGGGUCCGUGCGUCCGUCCGAGUUCUUUGGAAAGAUUUCCGGCAAGUGGAAGUUUUACAAGUCGAUGGGCCAACAGGAUAGCCAUGAGCUGAUUCGCCGAAUCCUCGAUGCCAUCCGAGACGAGCAGCUUCAGAAAGGCGACGACGGAAAGGCCGUUCCGUUUCAUGAAACCUUCGUUGACGAGGUCUUUGGCGGCAAACUCGUCAGCAUCAUCGUCUGUGACGUCUGCAAGGAUAUCGUAUACAACUUUGAAGAUAGCUUUGACAUCAGUGUUCCCAUUCCGCAGGCCUCGGCGCAUGCGGAUAAGGCGCUCAGUAGCUUCAAGAGCUCGGUCCGCAAAGUGAAGGGACAGUUUAUGCAUAUGACCCACAAGGAUCGCAAAUCGGCCACACCUUCCAGCUCGUCGUCGUCAUCGCUGGCCACUCCUAGCGAGCACACGCCCCCGUCUGAACCGUCCGAAGUGCCUGGAUCGUCCUCAACGAGCACAAAGUCGGCUCGCCAGAGCGUCGAGAACCUCGUCUCUGGCGUCGCCUCCACUUUGAAGAACUUGGUGCUUGGUCAGCAAGCCCCGAGCGAAACCCGAUCGAGCGAAGCAGAGCGAGCAAGACUGAUCAACACCCUCCUCCAGCCGAUCGGCGACAGCGGAAGCACCAUGAGCGUGUCGACUUGCAUCAGUCGGUUCAUGUCCGUUGAGGUCUUGGACGGCGAAAACAAAUAUGCAUGCGAGGCCUGCUACAAGCGAGCGUACGGCACGUCGCCUGAUGCCUCCCGGUCCGACAAGAGCGGCUCCAGCAUGCUCGACUCGGACUCUCGCUCAAGCGAACUCGAAUCGGAGGCGGCUCAUCCCAAGCACGAGUCCGAGCAAGAGCAGGAGCAGGAGCAGGAGCAGGAGCAGGAGCAGGAGCAGGAGCAGGAAGCAGACGGCCAAGAAAAUGAGCCAGAGGAAGUAGGGUCUGAGGUGCCCGCUGACGACGACAGCAAAGCCGAGCGUGUACCUGAAUCGGGUCAAGUCCAGGCCGUCGAGGCAGAUCCUAAGCCGGAAACAAGCGAUGACAGCCAGGAUGCUGUUGCUGCUGGUGGCGACACCAACCCGCCAGUCCCCGAGAAGGACGCUCCGCGAAACCCCCCGGUGCUGACUCGAGCCUACAAGCGCUACUUGAUCCACCGAGCGCCCAAGGUGCUGGUGGUUCAUCUGAAGCGCUUUGUGCAGCUGGGCAGCGGCCGCACCAAGAAGGUCGAGGACGGGGUGGCCUUUGACGAGUAUCUCAGCCUGCAAGAGCUCAUGUCGCCCUCGGAGGUCCAAGAGAAGGUCACCGUGAAGAGCAAGCGUCAGCGGCCAGCGGGCUCUGCCAAUUCCAGCGCCUUACCAUCCACCGAAAACCUGGCGUCGGCAUCAGCGUCAGGGUCGACGACAGAUAUCUCAACCGACACGUUGGCCAAUGCCGUGCCCGAACCGGCCUCUGAACCUGCAUCCGAGUCUGCAUCCGAGCCCGCUUCCCGAGUCCCAGAGCUGCCAGCGGCCGAGGAUCGCUCCGGGUCGGAUCCGUCCCGCAGUCUCGAAUCCACGGAGGGCAGCGAAGAAGGAGACGACGAAAUCGACUCCAAGGAGUACGUCGAGCCUUACCUCCACGGAUACCGCGAUGGCGGCCGAUACCGACUCUAUGGCAUCGUCGUGCAUGCCGGAGGGCUCUUUGGCGGACACUAUGUCGCUUAUGUGCGCAUGCGCCGGCCCACCAAGCCGGGCAGCGAUGGCAAUGUCGCCGACGCCAGUGAGAGCGAGCCUCCGAAGGAGACUCUGGAGAGCCUGUUCGACUCGGGCGACGAAGCCAACCCGGCCGAGGAGCAGUGGGUGUACUUUAGCGACACGACUGUGCGCCUCUCGUCGUGGGAGGAAGUGAGCGGCUGUCAAGCAUACAUCUUGUUCUACGAGCGCGCCUAGAAUCAUGUCGAAAGUCGAGUCUAGAAUCAUACUGCAUCCACCUCGCAUGGUUUUCAUGAUGCCGUUACGACCAAAUGGCCGUCCACGAACCCAGCACCAUCCCACUCGCUCCCAUACCCUCGAGCUGAU